AUGGAAAAUUCUUCAUAUUUUUCUCCUAAAUUAUCAAAUUUGUCUUUUAAUGAAGAUAGUAUAAAAAUUGAUGAAAAUAAAGAAACAAAAAUUAGUAAUUUGAAAGAAUAUGAAAAUCUAAUUGGAUUUGUCAAGGAAAAACAAAAAGAACUAUCCGUUGUUUUAGAUGAAAUAGACAAAAUAAAGGAUGAAUAUAAAAAAUUAUACAAUGAAAAGGAAAUGAUGAAAGAAUAUAUUGGAAAUUUAAUGGAAAUCCAUAAUAAAACAACUAAAAGAUAG